CACUACAUCAACAAGCACUACAUCUGUAACAAGUAGUUCCACAACUUCAACCUCUCAAUCUCAGUCACAAAGCUCUUCGGAGAGCUUGAGCUCCUCAUCAAUAUCAACGUCGACUCCCAACUCAACCAUUACCGAGACAAGCACCACCGCGAGCACAACAUCUUCCAGCUCCACUCCGACCCCGGCAUCGGUGUCUGCUACUACUACGUCCAGCUCGUCGUCUAGUUCGACAUCAACCUCAACUUCUUCUUCAUCAACCUCGACUACGGCAUCAGAAACUACGUCUACCAGCACCUCAGGGAUCUCAUCAACAACAACAGCUAAUCCGCAAAUAACAAACGGACCGAGCUCGACGCGCUGGAUCACUUCUACAAUUGUCAGGACAGAAUAUAUGACCAUGACUUUGUGUGCCAAAGAAAGCCCAGCGUGUCCCUACGGAUCACGGUCCGUGUCUGUUAUUACUAAGGAGGUCCCCAUAACAACAACAGUCAUCCCGGUGACCGAUGGCGAGAGCACUACAUCAACAAACUCACAAACAUCUACAACCACAACGACCUCUACCUCAUCUUCGAGUGCAUCCUACACUUCUUCAAGCUCAUCUACCUCCUCAAGCAGCACUACCAGCUCCUCGCAAUCGACGUCUUCUUCGACAAGCACAUCUUCCUCUUCUUCAACAACCACCACCUCAGCUACCGCCUCUUCCACGACAUCAACCAUCUUUACCACCCAGAUUAGCACAACCACUCUAUGUCCUCCAGACAAUAUGGGAUGCUCCUCGGACGAGAAGAAGACUAUGACAGUGACCUCAACCUAUGCUGUCGGAACAGAAGUCGUACCCGUCACCGCCACAUCCACUGCGAGUGCUUCAACCUCUGGCUCUACCUCAACCGCAUCGGUGUCGUCUAGCACCUCUACGAUCUACACAACCAGGGCAACCACCAUAGUUGCCUGCCCAACAACAAAAAAUGAUUGCUCCUGGGACGAGAGAAAGCCCACUGUGGUCACCACCACAGCGGCCGUCUCUACCACAGUCGUCCCAGCAACGACUUCCACAGGAAGCGCCAGUGUCACCACCACGUCGUCUGCCCAACCUACGAUCACUAGCAGCACAUCGACUAUCUACACGACCUCUGUAAGCAGCACAACCAUUUGUCCCUCGAGCCAGUCGAGCUGUCCCAGUUGGCAGCAAACGACAAGCUCCUCGACGACAUCGUAUGCGGUCAGCACUACAGUUGUACAAGUGACCAAGUUUGGAGCCGUCCACCAUGACCCUACAGAAACUACCUUUACGGUAAGCCCUUCGGCAACCCCGACGACGCCCAACAGUAACAACGGCGGCGGUAACAACGGUGACGGUGCCAAGGGCCCGGACAAGAAGAGUGCUUCUGCGAGAGCCAUUGUCAACAUCGGCGUCGCAGUUGGCAUCACACUGGCUACGACGUUAUUCCUGGUGACUUCGGCUUGCUUAUCUUUUAUAUAAACAUGCUAAGUCCUUCUUUUUUUCAUUGAUUCAUCUUCCCCCUUUCGCUUAUUUUUCACUCCUCUUUCUUGGUUUUCAUUUUUUUUUCAUUUGUUUUCUUUUCCUUUUAUUUUUCUUCUUAUGAUACCCCUAGUGCCCUUCCAGCUUACCUUUUAUAUAGUGUGGAGUUUCAAUGGCUUAGUUACCGUCCCUGUACGACGUUUAUGGUUUAUGGUUGGAAGGCGUUUAUGAUUGGCCGCAUUUUAUUUUUUAGUGUUAGAACUCUUAUAGGCAUUCAAUGAACGACAACAGCUGCCA